AUGUUUAGAAUUGACUGCAAAUUCGAAGCCUGGCCAUGGAUUGAUGACAAUCGUUAUUCAUGCAACAUCAAACGUAAAACAGUCCCAGAUUCUAAGAAUUUAAUCCUCGACGGUCGUCAUUUAGUUCCACAUACGAAUUAUGACGUCACAGGCGUCAACUUUAUGAAAUGUCGAAUCACAAAAAUUCCAGCAAGUUUGAUGAUCAAAAGUUUUCCAUUUUUGCAAGCCUUAUCGCUGUCAAAUUGUGGAUUGAAGGAAAUUAAAAGAGAAGACUUUUAUGGACUGCAUGACUUGAGAGUACUUUGGGUUGACGAGAAUGAGUUGGAGUUCCUGCCUGGUGACUUAUUUGUGGACAUGAAAAGACUCGAAUUUGUGUCAUUUGAAAAAAAUAAGAUUCGAUUUAUUGAUCCUGAAUUGUUGGAUCCGCUGAGGUGCUUAAAGUUGAUUAAUUUUUUCGGUAAUGUUGGCAUCGACAGGGUCUACAACAGCAUCUUUUUGACACAAGGCAAUGCAAGUUUGGAGGAAAUCAAGCAGGAAAUUGCUGAAAAGUGCAAACCGCCGUUCAAGGAAAAUCCGAAAAAAUUGGAAGAAAAUGAAGACUUGACACAAAAGUUGAAGGCAAAGGAAGCCGAAAUUGAGCAGCUUAAGGAGAAUCUUGAGGACAUAAAAGUCGUGGCUGCAUCCUUACACGAUGAAAUUGAAAGAAUGCAAAAAGAAGCUGAAAAAUUGAAGAUUUUCGAUGAAAUUCAAAAACUUUUUAAAGAUGACGAAUUUAAGGACUUGACGGUGCUGGCUAAAGGUGAGAAAUUCAAGGUCCACAAGAUCAUCAUGGCUGCUAGAAGUCCAACAAUGUCAAGAAUGUUAAGGAACCGACCAGAUAUCGAAAGCUUGACAUUCACAGACAUUCCAGUUCCUGCAUUCAGAGAAGUUUUAAAAUUCAUGUACGAAAAUUCAAUGCCAGCUGAUGACGCAAACUUUACUGACAUUUUUGCUGCUGCAAGUAAAUUGGAAGUGAUGGAACUUAAGGAAUAUUCAGUCACUAAAUUGAUCAACAAGAUUGACGAUGAGAAUGCUGUGGACAUGCUGGGAAUUGCGAAUAAAUUUCAGCAUGAAGAUUUGAGGGAAAAAGCAUUCGAGGAAGUCCAAAAAAUGUUUCCAGGACGAGAAUUAAAGCCUGAGAUGGCUUUGGAUGCUGGGAAGAUUAGGAAGCUGAUUGAGGCUAAGAAGAAGUUUGAGGAGGAAUUUGAAAAUAUUUAA